AUGCAAUCAUUGGAGAUGGCCUAAGAUCUUAGUAUUAUGAGGAUUCCUAAAUUAGCAUCAUUAUUUGUUUUUAACUUUUCAAAAAAUCAGUUUCCUUGUUAAACCAUACCUUAACAAAGUGUCAUUGCUGCAAAUGUCAAAUUGUUUGAUAGUUAAAUUAAUUGAUUCUUUCAUGUCUUUCUGCAUUUUUUACAGAUGCAAAGAGGUUGAUAGGUAGGAGAUACACUGAUGCCUCUGUGCAGAGUGACAUUAAGUUGUGGCCCUUCAAAGUUAUUUCUGGAGCUGGUGAUAAACCAAUGAUUGUAGUCAACUACAAGGGUGAAGAAAAGCAAUUUGCAGCUGAGGAAAUCUCUUCCAUGGUUUUAAUUAAGAUGAAGGAAAUUGCCGAGGCUUUCCUUGGUUCAACUGUUAAAAAUGCUGUGGUCACUGUCCCAGCAUACUUUAAUGAUUCACAGCGGCAAGCAACUAAGGAUGCAGGUGUAAUUUCUGGUCUGAAUGUGAUGCGUAUCAUUAAUGAACCAACAGCUGCUGCCAUUGCUUAUGGUCUCGACAAGAAGGCAACGAGUGUUGGUGAGAAGAAUGUUCUGAUAUUUGAUCUUGGAGGUGGUACUUUUGAUGUAUCUCUUCUAACCAUCGAGGAGGGUAUCUUUGAGGUGAAGGCAACUGCUGGUGACACUCACCUUGGAGGUGAAGACUUUGACAACAGAAUGGUGAAUCAUUUUGUUCAAGAAUUCAAGAGAAAGAACAAGAAAGACAUCACUGGUAACCCCAGGGCUCUUAGGAGAUUGAGGACAGCUUGUGAGAGAGCAAAGAGAACUCUUUCAUCCACCGCCCAAACCACCAUUGAGAUAGACUCUUUAUAUGAGGGUAUUGAUUUUUACUCCACCAUCACUCGUGCAAGAUUUGAGGAGCUAAAUAUGGACUUGUUCAGAAAGUGCAUGGAACCAGUAGAGAAGUGUCUACGUGAUGCUAAGAUGGACAAAAGUACUGUCCAUGAUGUUGUCCUUGUUGGUGGUUCCACUAGGAUUCCCAAGGUCCAGCAAUUGUUGCAGGACUUCUUCAAUGGGAAGGAACUUUGCAAGAGCAUCAAUCCUGAUGAAGCUGUUGCUUACGGUGCUGCUGUCCAGGCUGCCAUUUUGAGUGGUGAGGGUAAUGAGAAGGUGCAGGAUCUUUUGCUUUUGGAUGUCACUCCCCUCUCUCUUGGUCUGGAAACUGCUGGUGGUGUCAUGACUGUCUUGAUUCCCCGCAAUACAACCAUCCCAACAAAGAAGGAACAGGUGUUCUCUACCUACUCAGACAACCAGCCUGGUGUCUUGAUUCAGGUCUAUGAAGGAGAAAGAACAAGGACCAGGGACAACAACCUUCUUGGUAAAUUUGAGCUCUCUGGCAUUCCUCCUGCUCCUAGGGGUGUUCCACAGAUUACUGUGUGCUUUGACAUUGAUGCCAAUGGUAUCUUAAACGUGUCUGCUGAGGACAAGACCACUGGCCAAAAGAACAAGAUCACCAUCACCAAUGACAAGGGUAGACUUUCAAAGGAGGAAAUUGAGAAGAUGGUUCAGGAAGCAGAAAAAUACAAAUCUGAGGAUGAAGAACACAAGAAGAAGGUCGAGGCUAAGAAUGCCUUGGAGAACUAUGCAUACAACAUGAGGAACACCGUGAAGGACGAGAAGAUUGCCUCCAAGCUCCCAGCUGACGACAAGAAGAAGAUUGAGGAUGCAAUUGAGCAGGCCAUCCAAUGGCUAGAAGGCAACCAGCUUGGGGAGGCUGAUGAGUUCGAGGACAAGAUGAAGGAGUUGGAAGGCAUCUGCAAUCCUAUCAUUGCAAAGAUGUACCAGGGUGCUGGUGGUGAUAUGGGUGGAGCUGCCAUGGAUGAUGAUGGCCCUGCUCCUAGUGGUACCUCCGGACCUGGUCCCAAGAUUGAGGAGGUCGAUUAAGUUCAUGGUGUUCCCUGCUGCUGUUCUUAGUAAUGACUGAAUAUUUUGGUUUUAUUUUCGUCGUAUCUCAUUAUGCUUUUCCUUAGUAUUUUGGAAGCAUUGGCAAUUAGCCAUUAUUCAAUGCCUGCUUAUGAUAUACUGCCAUUUUCAUGCAGGAAUUAUUAUUAUUUAUAUUCACAAUUGGUAAAGCCUUGCUUUUAAUCUUGAAAUU